AUGUCUAGCGCCAACAGUAUCAAGGUUGUGGCCCGGUUCCGGCCCCAGAACAAGGUCGAGCUGGAAUCAGGCGGUCAGCCCAUUGUCGCGUUCGACGGUGAGGAUACCUGUACCAUAGACUCCAAGGAUGCUCAGAGCACCUUCACGUUCGAUCGUGUGUUUGAUAUGACAUGUAAACAGUCCGACAUCUUCGAUUUCUCCAUCAGAUCCACUGUCGACGACAUUCUUAAUGGCUACAAUGGGACCGUCUUUGCCUACGGCCAGACAGGUGCCGGCAAAUCGUACACCAUGAUGGGCUCCAGCAUCGACGACGAUGAGGGGAGGGGCGUCAUUCCCCGAAUUGUCGAGCAGAUCUUCGCCAGCAUCAUGUCCAGCCCCGGCACCAUGGAAUAUACUGUACGAGUCAGCUAUAUGGAAAUUUACAUGGAGAAGAUCCGCGAUCUCCUCGCCCCCCAGAAUGACAACCUUCCCGUACACGAGGAAAAGAACAGGGGCGUCUAUGUCAAGGGCCUGCUGGAGAUAUACGUUUCGAGCGUCCAGGAGGUGUUCGAAGUCAUGCGGAGGGGCGGCAACGCGCGUGCUGUCGCCGCCACAAAUAUGAACCAGGAGUCCUCCCGGUCGCACUCUAUUUUUGUUAUUACCGUCACGCAGAAGAAUGUGGAGACAGGGUCAGCGAAAAGCGGCCAGCUCUUCCUCGUGGACCUUGCUGGCAGCGAAAAAGUCGGCAAAACUGGCGCAAGCGGUCAGACGCUUGAGGAGGCCAAGAAGAUCAACAAGAGCUUGAGUGCCCUUGGGAUGGUCAUUAAUGCACUUACGGAUGGAAGGUCCUCUCACGUUCCUUACCGGGACUCGAAACUGACCCGGAUUCUCCAAGAGUCUUUGGGUGGUAACAGCCGCACAACUCUCAUCAUCAACUGCUCUCCGAGUAGCUAUAACGACUCGGAAACAUUGAGCACGUUGCGGUUCGGAACCAGAGCGAAGGCCAUCAAGAACAAGGCAAAGGUCAAUGCGGAGCUGAGUCCCGCUGAGCUUAAGUCUCUCCUCAGCAAGGCUAGAGGACAGCUCACGAACUUCGAAAGUUACAUUACGAGCUUGGAAGGGGAGGUUCAACUGUGGCGUGCGGGGGAGUCGGUACCAAAAGACAAAUGGGUGCCCCCCCUAUCCGUUGAGAAUGUCGGUGGAUCACGAGCGGACGCGAAAGUGCCUCGUCCGUCCACGCCUUCCAGGCUUGUGCCUGAGACCAGGGCGGAGACGCCUGUCAUCUCUGAUCGCGCGGGGACACCAAGUUUACCACUCGAUAAAGACGAACGCGAUGACUUCCUUCGCAGAGAGAAUGAACUUCAAGACCAGCUUGCGGAAAAGGAGACCCAAUAUGCUGCAGCCGAGAAAGCUCUCCAGGAAGCCAAGAAAGAACUGGCCUUUCUGAAGGAGCAUGACAGCAAGACGAACAAGGAGAACGAGAGACUGGCGACUGAGUUCAACGAGGUCAAGAUGCAAAUGGAGCGCCUGAAUUUCGAGAGCAAAGAGGCCCAGAUCACCAUCGACGCCCUAAAGGAGCAGAACUCGGAGUUGACCGCCGAGCUAGACGAGCUCAAACAGCAUUUGUUGGACGCCAAGAUAAGCGCCAAAGAGAAUAGCGCUCUGUUGGACGAAAAGGAGAGGAAGAAGGCGGAGAAGAUGGCCAAGAUGAUGGCUGGUUUCGAUCUCGGUGCCGACACUUUCAAUAACAGUGAGAAGGUCAUUUCAGACGCCAUGGCCCACUUGGAGACGCUCAGCGAACGGGCUGCUGGUGGCGACCCUGUUUCGCCUGGCGAAUUCCAAACACUCAUAACGACUUUGCAGCAGAUCCAGGAUAUUGUACGUCAAGCUGAGCUGUCAGUGUACAGCUCCUCGUCGAGCGAGGUGGAAUCCCGACGUCGGAUGGAUGCGGAGGAGAGACUGGCGGCUGUGCAGAGGGAGUACGAAGAACUAUUGACUCGGAAUCUUGAGGAGGCGGAUGUCGAGGAUAUCAGAGCGCGAUUGGAGAAUGUCCUCGCCAAUAAGCAGACAGCAUCGCUCGAAGAUAUCGAGCCCCUGAAGGCCGACGUGGCUCAGAAGACCGCGGAAAAUACCAGGCUGAAGACUUUGGUGGGAGAUCUUCAGCAAAGGGUCAAGUCUGGCACUGCGUCGUCCAUGCCCAACGGCAAGACCAUUCAGCAACAAAUUGCCGAGUUCGAUAUCAUGAAGAAGAGUUUAAUGCGAGAUCUGCAGAAUCGCUGCGAACGCGUGGUGGAACUUGAGAUCUCUCUCGACGAAACCAGAGAGCAGUACAACAACGUCCUUCGGUCCUCGAAUAAUCGGGCCCAGCAGAAGAAGAUGGCAUUUCUCGAGCGGAAUCUCGAACAGCUUACCCAAGUGCAGCGUCACCUCGUCGAGCAAAAUUCGGCCCUCAAGAAGGAGGUCGCGAUUGCAGAGCGAAAACUCAUUGCCCGCAACGAGCGGAUUCAGAGCCUGGAAAGCUUGUUGCAAGAAAGCCAGGAGAAGCUUGCAUCUACGAACCAUAAAUUCGAAGUACAACUUGCCGCGGUCAAGGAAAAGCUCGAGGCAGUCAAGACCGGGAGCACUCGUGGUCUUACCUCGCCCACGCUUGGCAAUUUCAGCCUCUCGAGCGCCGGCACUCGCAUCGCCAAGCCACUUCGCGGAGGUGGCGGAAAUAACGGUGUCGACACUUUGGGGCCGAGUAUUCCCACAAUUAGCAACAUCCAACAAAACGAAGGCGGCGGUAACAAGCGGAGUAGCUGGUUUUUCUCGCAGAAGUAA